AGUCAAGAGAGAACGAUCAUCUCAGCAGCACUGCACCGUCUUCAAGGACAGACACCCCCAGCAGAAGAUGGACGGGUCUCCUGCCCUGCUCCUCCUGCUCGCUCUGGGACUCUGCUGUCCCGGAAUCCAUGGCCAGAUGUAUGAGAUGAAGAUCAGGUUUCGCAACGGCAUCACCCAGCUCCGGGUGGGACAGCGGCUGGAACUGGAGUGUCAGACUGACAAGAAGGACAGUGGCAUGUUCUGGGUCCACCAGGACAAGAGUGGGACCCUUCACUUCAUUGUUUUCAUCUCUUCCCUAUCCAAGAUCACCUUCAAGGGGAAUCAGAGAACAUCCACACGCUUUGAGGCCAGCAAAGACAACACUAUCUAUCGGUUGGUAGUGAAGUCUUUCACACAGCAGGAUGAGGGGAAUUAUUUCUGCCUCAUGAAUAUCAACCAAAUGCUGUACUUCAGCCCUGGCCAGCCUGCCUUCUUCCCAGUCACCACCACAGUGGCACCCACCACAACAAGACCCACCACCCAGCAUGACAUCACCAAAAAGGAUCCCUUCCUGGAGACAUCAGAUCCAGAGACCAGUACAGAGAAUGAGCUGAAUUUCUUCUGUGAUCUUCUCAUCUGGGUUCCCUUGGCAGGUGUCUGCCUCCUGCUCCUCAUCGCCCUGGCCGUCACCAUCACGCUCUGUCAACGAACCAGAAGACGAAGAUGCAGGUGUAAAAGGCCUGUGCUGGGGAAGCCCCACACCAAACCAGGCACAAAAAACUGACACCUUGCAGCAUCCACACCUUUGGGCUUCUGGAUCGUCUCCCGGGAACUGUCAGCACACAAACCCAUCUCCUACGUUCUCUACACUGUGACUGCACCUCAUGCACUCUGCCCUGGCAAACUGGAAAAGACAAGAUGGAGCACAGACACCCAGACAACAAGCAGCACUGUUUCUGGGAACUGCACCCUAAAGCACAGCUCCUUCCAGAACUGGAGCUUUUCAAAUCAAUUCCCAAGGCCAAACGCCCUCUCUGUUCCCAGUGACAGGGUUCAGAAAAAGGAACCAGGUCAAUCCUGAUGCUGACAGGCAUCAGUGAUAAAAUGAUGAGAAAUAAGGAUACAACUUGGACCUUUGCUCCAGUGUGUGUUACUUCUUUCUAAAAUGCAGCCAGGGCCUGACUUUGCUACCCAGUGACUUAGAAACAAAUGCUCUCCACACAUCCUCUGUCUGUGGUGCCAUGUCUCUCCUAGGGUUUUUCCUGUUUCAUCUACUGUAAUACAAGGCUGCACUGAGAAGGUAAAUAUCGAUUAAAGGACCUUAUUUUUUAGGUUUUUACAGUCCUGGGGGCUAAGGUUUUCCCUCAUGCUAUCCCUCUUCUGCUGCUACCCCCACUUCUACAGAUUUCAGCAGGAAUUUGGCCUGAGCAAGGAAGGUGGGAUUUGCUUUCUUUCUGAAAGAAAAAAGAGAUGUUUGUCACUUGUUUUGGUUAAGUGGGACAUUUAAGAUGUUGAUUUUUUUGGGGACAUGUUGAUUGACUAUGGUUAAGUUCUGGUUUUUCCAAUCUGUAUUUGAUGUAAAUAUUUCCUUGUUAUACUUGCAAAUCAAGAACU